UCGUAAACCUAUAGGCUGAAAAUAAAUUAGUCACUGAAAAGGAGUGCAUGGGUAUAUGAUUGAAAGUUAAGGUCUAAAAGACCGCGAAGGUAAGGAAAGGGAAGGAGGAGAGCUUUAAAAGCGAAAGCCGACAGGAAAACGGUAAAUGGCUGUUCUGUCCAUGGAGUCACUGCCGCUGGGGUUUAGAUUCAGGCCGACCGAUGAAGAGCUCGUAAACCAUUACCUGAGGCUCAAAAUCAACGGCCGCAAUUCUGAGGUCGAGGUCAUUCCCGAAGUCGAUAUUUGCAAAUGGGAGCCCUGGGAUUUGCCUGAGCUAUCGGUAAUAAAGACGGAUGAUCCUGAAUGGUUCUUCUUCUGCCCGCGUGACCGGAAGUAUCCCAACGGUCAACGGUCUAACAGAGCGACGGAUGCUGGCUACUGGAAAGCAACAGGCAAGGAUCGCACCAUCAAAUCUCGAAAGUCAGGCUCCAAUCCUAUCUCAAUUGGCAUGAAGAAGACCUUAGUUUUCUAUCGAGGCCGUGCUCCAAAGGGCGAGCGCACCAACUGGAUUAUGCACGAGUACCGCCCUACUCUUAAAGAUCUUGAUGGCUCUGCCCCUGGCCAGAGUGCUUUUGUCCUAUUUCGCUUGUUUCGAAAGCCAGAAGAAAAGACCGAUACUGUAAAAUAUGAUGAAGUAGAGCAAACUGGAUAUUCCCCUACCACUUCUAAGUCCUCCCCUGAUGACACAUCAUCAGAUUUAGUUCAAGAAACAGCAACAUCUGCUGUGCAGGUAGGCAAACAAUCUGAAGGCAUAGCUAAGUGGCUGAUAGAUGAAGCAGACAACAUGACCCCUAGUGUGGCAGCACCUGUUGAUAGCAGCUGCAAUAGUCAUUCAGAUGUUGAAGAUCAUGCAGCAGAAGCAAUAGAUAUGGUGGUACAUCCACCAUCUGAGGAAAAUUCUCAUAGAUAUGAACCCACAUCUGGUGAUAUUGAUUGCAAAGUGUUCUCCCCAGUGCAAUCACACAUUCAUGCAGACCUACCGUAUUACAUGGAUUCCCCGUAUGCUUGUGACUUUGGCAAUGAUCAGAAUGGCUUCCGUUUUCAGGAUGGUGCUAGUGAACCUGAUGUCUCCUUAACAGAGUUGUUGGGUGAGGUAUUCAACAACAAUGAUGACUGUUCUGGUGAAGAAUUGACCAAUCAACAGAACCCAGCUAUUGGAAGCAACACUCAUUUGGCUAGUCAUAUGCUGCUAGGAAACUUUCAUGUUAAGGAUAAUGGUGUAUAUAAUGAACCUGACACAGAUCAUUUUCAAGUCCUGGAGCUGUUACAGAUGCAAUCUUCAUUUGGACCUUGGGGAGCUCAGGCAUCAUCCUUCGACGGAGAACUUGGAGGGAGGAAUAUUUGUGGCCUUGGAAAUAACUCUAUUGUGCAAGAUGCUCCAUCCGCUUUUGGAGCAUUAAAUAGUAUGGAAGAAUCAAGCAGCUUAAUGAAUCCUGUAUAUCCUGGCAGUGCUGUCACUGGAACAGGAAUCAAGAUCAGAACCCGCCAGCCUCAGAUGCGUCCAUAUGCAGAUAGCUUUGCUGCUCAGGGUACUGCUCCAAGAAGACUCCGUUUGAAGAUGGAAUAUUCUACUGGUUCUUGUGGAAACAUGGUGGAGAGAGAUGCAAGUCACGAAGAAGAUGAAGAAGUAGAAUCAGCUAUAACUGAGGCUAGAGAUGCAGAACAUAAUCCUUCAUCGGAUGAGUUGGUGAAGGAAAAUCAACUCCUGAACUCUGACAAGAAGAGAGAAAUCAACAAGGAAGCUUCUUCAAAUUUGAGGUUAAGAGUGAAACGGGAUGAUAAUUUUGACAGCAGUGAGACAGGGUCCUCAAGAAUUCCAGAUGCAGCUCCUGCAAAGAGCAGCCAUGGUUCAUCACCAGUUUAUUUAUUGAGGGUUUUGCUAGUCCUUAUCUUGUUUGUCGUUCUUGUUGGAAUCUGUAAAUGUCUUGGAUCAUGAUAAUUUACUCUGAACAUAUGCCAGUGCAGAUAAAUAGAUUAGAGUAUCGUUAAUUGAUAAGGAGGGGUUAGCAUUAUGGAUUGGGGCAUAAGUUGCUUGAGGGUGCAGUGUGUGAAAUAUUGGAUAACCUUUAUGUAUAACGAGCAGUCGAUAUUAGCUUAGCUUAUAGAAAAUGUGCAAUGAUGUCUUUGUUCCUGAACAACAAGUAAUUACCAGCGAUGCUAUUGUUAGGAUUAGGA